GCUUCCCCCAUCCCCCCCCCAAAAGAUAAAAAACGCCGCCCCAGCGCAACCCCUGGAACCCUAGAUCAGCGAUCCUCUCCCUGCGCGUGCAAAGGCGGUCGACGCAAGAUCUUCUUUGAGAUAAGAGAGGAAGAAGAAGAUGGUGGUCCGGAUCCGGCUGUCAAGGUUUGGGUGCAAGAACAGGCCUUUCUAUCGAGUUAUGGCUGCCGACAGUCGCUCUAAAAGAGAUGGGAGACAUCUUGAGGUCUUGGGCUACUAUAAUCCUUUGCCAGGGCAGGAUGGUGGCAAGCGAAUGGGAUUGAACUUUGACCGAGUGAAGUAUUGGUUAUCUGUUGGUGCACAACCAUCAGAUCCAGUCCAAAGAAUCCUCUUUCGUGCAGGGCUCUUGCCACCUCCUCCGAUGCUUGCAUUGAGUCGUAAAGGCGGGCCACGCGACACCCGACCUAUCGAUCCAAUGAGCGGCCGCUACUUGACUCCCAAAGAUCCUGAAACUGAUCUUCAACCAGAAGGCAGUGAGGACCAAGAGCGAGAAGCAGCCGAUUAGGAAAGCCUAUAGUUGAUAGUAGUAAAUUUGUGUUAUGCUGUUUUGGAGUAUGAUGAUCUUGAUUAUGGUGUCGUCGCUCUGUAGGUUGAUAUUAUGUCAUGUUCCUACUGUCUUCAUAAACUCAUUUUGGUUUACGGCUGGUAAGAUGUGCCCACUGGUCUUCUGUAAAACAUACUUGACAUUAAGUUUGGAAGCUGAAUGUGGUCUUGAAAAGUAACUCAUGAAGCCUUGUGAGAUCAAAUUCCUUUCU